AUGGCUAAUGAGGAAUCAUUUGCUUCGGGAAGCUCUUCUGCCCCACCACCUCCAGAGCACGAUGCUGCAUCUAUUAAAAUAGCCAAGUUACUUGCUUUUCAAGAUUCCAUUUCUCAAUCUAAAGGAAAAGGAAUAUCUAUUGGCUCCAGGCAAGGAGGUGAUGAAGACUCCCAUCAAACCAUCUCUGAGCUUAAAGAAGAGAUUAUGUUUUUGAAGCAGGAUUCCAUUGAGAAGGACUUACUGAUCCGUAGUCUGGAUGUGAGAGUUUCUAACCUUGAACAGGAGAACUCUGUUAAAGAUGCGAAGAUUUUCGAACUUCAAGCAAAUCUUGGUGGUAUAACUGCUUUAUUCUAUGACCUGAAACAGCGCUUACAUCAAAAGUUUGGUGAUGAUUUUCAAACUUUAAGCGCUGAAGGCGAAAAGAUUUCUGUUUCUAGUUCUGAUCCAGUCAAUCCACCUUCUCAACAUGCAAGUGAAAGAGUUAUAAGACAUGUUCCGACCGCAAAUCUUGACACAUUUUUAUCUUCUUGUCCUUCUUCUGCUCAAGAAAGAAGAGGGAAACAAGCUUAA